AUGGAGAUGAGUGGAGAGACGCAGCCUGCGGGUAUUGAUGUUGACUCGGAAUAUGACGACUACAUCGAAUCCGACGACACAGACCUAGACCGACAAUCCUUCUACGCCUCGACAGGCGGCGCCUCGCUUGCCUCGCGCGUAACCUCGUACCGGUACGAGAACGGGCGGCGAUACCACGCGUACCGGGAUGGAACCUACUACGCGCCCAACGACGAAGCCUACUCCAACUAUGAAACCAUUGUGCACCACCUGUGGCUGCUAACGCUGCACGACCAGCUCUUCCUCGCACCACUGACCUCCCCCUCCCGCAUCCUCGACAUCGGCACCGGCACGGGUCUGUGGGCCAUGGACAUGGCGGAUUUCUUCCCCGCCGCCGAAAUCACAGCCACGGAUCUCUCGCCCAUCCACUCGUCCAACGUGCCGCCAAACCUGACGUUCGAAAUCGACGACGCAAACUCGGCUUUCACCUACCCGCCGGACCACUUCGACUACAUCCACAUCCGCGGCCUGACAGGUUGCAUCAAGUCCUGGCCCGCCUUGUAUUCAAACUGCCUCGCCUCUCUAGCGCCAGGCGGGUGGAUCGAGCACCUGGAAUUCAGCGUCGAGACGUCCGCCUCCAAGACCUCCACCGCGUACUCGGACCAGAUCCUCACCGCCUUCAGCCAGAGCGUGCUAGACGUCGGCGCGCACAAGACGCACAUGUCCUUUGACGUCAUCCACUCCAUGCACCCCACGCUGGCGGCCGCGGGGUUCGUAGACGUGCACACGCAGACGUUCAUCUGGCCGAUUGGGCCGUGGCCUAAGGAUCCGUAUCUCAAGGACCUGGGGCGGUGGGGGGAGCGGAACUGGGCGGAUGGGAUUGAGGGGUGGGUUAUGGCAAUGUAUACAAGGAUGUUGGGGUGGACGUAUGACGAGGUCAAGGCGUUUGUGAGGGAUUUUCAGGGCGUGAUCAAGGAUCGGAGGGGCAGGUAUUGGCAGGAGGUUAGGGUGGUGUAUGCGCGGAAGCCGUUUGAGGGCGAGGUUGUGGUGGGGGAGGGGAUGGAGGAAGACAAGUCAUGA